CCUCCCUCCUUCUGCUACCCAAAAAACACUCAAUUUUAAUCUCUUACACCCCCUGCCCAUAUCAUGAGCACCCUGUGUAUUCUUUGACAGAGAAAGUCCAUAGAAAAGCAAUGAGUUUUCAUUGAGGAACCAAAGCAUCGUUUAAUCUUUAGUUAGCUUAGAAGGAAAAAAACAAAGACCGUAAGGGACAGAGAGAGAAUUGGGAGAGAAUGUAAAGGGUAUUUAAACCCAACAGGCAGCAGAUACUCUCAGAUUGUUCUUAUCAGUGUUAGAUUAAAUAACCUGUGUAAACAGGUAACUUCAGAUAUCAUGGAGGAGAUUGUAUGGGAUACACAAGAGUUAGAUGAAAGUCAAUUGUGGAGUCAAAUAGACCACACAUUUGAGUCUCAGUCAAUGCUGGACCACUGCCUACUGGACUUAAUAGCCUCAGCAGGACCCUUGCCCCCUCAACCUCUACUGCCCCAACUGAGCCCUGACAUUUCAUUUCCCAUGGCAAACCUUGACAUAGAAGGGGACAUCUCAACUGAAGGAUGUAGUUGUCCAAGCGUCCCAGGCAAAGUGCACAGACAGGCAGCAAACGUCCGGGAGAGGAGGCGAAUGCUGAGCAUUAAUUCUGCUUUUGAGGAGCUCAGAAGCAGAGUCCCCACAUUUCCCUAUGAAAAGCGCCUUUCCAAGAUAGACACACUUCGUCUGGCUAUUGCCUACAUAGCAUUGUUAAGCGACAUCCUGACCUCAGGAAUUGAUCCUAAAUCUUAUGUCAAUGAAUUUGUGAGGAACGGAUCCAGUGGCGCAUACAGUGCUAUCUGGAACACAAGUGAUCUCACCGCCCGGCUUUCCUGGAUUAAGUGGGACUGACGCACUGUUGUGUGAACCAGCUGGCAGAUUCCCACUAUUGACCUGGGCAUGGGAUUCCCUUUGGCUGACAUUCCCAGGAACAACACCACUAUGAGAACUGGAAGGAAGCAAGCAGAAAAUGUUAUUCAGAAAAUUCUUACAACAAACAAACUAUUCCAGAUUCAUUCCCCAUGGACAGGUAGACAUGUCAUGAAAUCCCGCAAUGUCCCUCGAACAAUGACCCUUAAAUAUAAUCUUUCUUUCAUGCUUCAUAUUUGACAUCUUUACUUGAUAUUUAUUCUAC